AUGUCAUCAAAUUUGUAUUCAUUUUCAUCAACGACAUUAUCUGAAUUAAAGAAAUUUAGAUUCGAAAGCGCCAGGGUGAAUAAACCACAGGCAUUGAUCUAUGCUAUAGAUAAAGAUUCCAAUGAGAUUAAACAACAAGAAGUUGACGACCCAAUAGAUUCAAUAGAGGGAUUGGUUGAAGAAUUACCCGAUAAUAAUCCACGAUAUAUAUUAUUGUCCUAUCCAACCAAGACCAAAGAUGGUAGAAUACAGUCACCGUUGGUUAUGUUAUAUUGGAUCCCACCAACGUCUAACCAAGCUAAUAGAAUGUUAUAUGCUGGAGCAGUUGAACAAUUUAGAGAUAAAGCUGGAGUAUCAAAGUUGAUUAAAGUUGAAGAUGAAGAUGAUUUUGAAGAUAUCGAAGAGCAGAUUGUCGGUAGUUAA